AUGAAAGUCAGCGUUACAAGGUAUACUAUUUACCGUAACAAAAGCCUAUUCAAAAGAUCGUAAAUAUAUGAUAGAAGACAAGACGCGGAUCUGGCACAUCGCUCUACAGCUGAGCUGACCAGCAGUGUCUUCUCCACGUUAAGAUGCCCCGGAAAGACGGAUGUCUUGCCUUGAUCAUUUUAGUUGCUGUUCACCAAGCUUCCGGGUCGAGCAUUGGUGACCCAACAGCCGCGCCGAGACCAUGUACCGAGGAUGAGCCGAUGUCCGCUGGUUCGUGCUGGGUCAUAAAGUGUGAGGGUGGUUACCUCAGUGAUUUUGUCACACUCCGGGUGUCAGAGGAGUGCUGCCAACAGCCCGUCCAUUCAGACCUCUGCCAAAGCGCCUACCCAGUUCAGUCCACCACAUGGUAUCCGAGCACAAUGCCGACCCCGAUUUUUACCACGCUGCCACCUACAACUACAACAUGCCCAUGCCAUACAAUGCACCAUAACCACGGUAUCUGUGGUCAGUACGCCUUCUGCCUCGACUGUUUCAACAACAUACAGACACUGACGGUGCGCGACGAUUCCGAAACAUUACUCUGUUGUACGUGGACGCGGUCGUCCCGAUGUCUGCAGCUGUACCCUGAACUUUUGACCACAACACCUUCAAACACAACUGAGUGCCAGGAUUCGGACACUCACAUCAAUUCGGACUGCUACUGGAUGCGAUGCCAUGACGGCAAGUGGCAGAGACCGGAGCCGGCCAUGACUGAGCACUGUUGCAGCACGUACAGCCCAUACAUGCCGGAAAGAUGUGCCAUUGGUAUCUAUGAAACAGAACCAAAUAUGACUACGACAACGUCAACACCGUCUCCAACAACGACGACAGUGACAGAGCCAACGACAACACCAAUGUGUUCUGGUAACGGGCUGCUACAACAGGGUUACAGUCAUUGCUGGGAUCUCUACUGUGUGAGUGGGAAUUUGGCAACCCAACCAUCUUUGACCCUUACAUGCUGUGAAGAGUUUGUGAUGCACACCUCUCCCUGGUCCCAGGAUUGCUACAACACGUUUCCAGAACUAUACCUCCCACGAUGUACUUCUGAUGAGGUGAAUGGCUGUGCGUAUCGCAAGUGCUCGGGCGGUCGCCUUAUGGAUUUGGUGUGGGCAGUUAUCUCGGAAUAUUGUUGCCAACCCGAAAAUCGCCUCGACAUGGCCUACAGUGAGGGCGGAUGUGAUGUGAUGUUCCCUCCUACUACGACAGUUCCAACAACCACACCAUGCUUAUGCCACACAAUGCACCAUUACCACGGCAUCUGUGGUCAGUACGCCCUCUGCCUCGACUGUUUCAACAACAUACAGACACUGACGGUGCGCGACGAUUCCGAAACAUUACUCUGUUGUACGUGGACGCGGUCGUCCCGAUGUCUGCAGCUGUACCCUGAACUUUUGACCACAACACCUUCAAACACAACUGAGUGCCAGGAUUCGGACACUCACAUCAAUUCGGACUGCUACUGGAUGCGAUGCAAAGAUGGCAAGUGGCAGAGACCGGAACCAGCCAUCACUGAGCACUGUUGCAGCACGUACAGCCCAUACACGCCGGAAAACUGUGCCCUUGGUUUCUAUGAUACAGAACCGAUUAUGACUACGACAACGUCAACACCGUCGCCAACAACAACGACAGUGACAGAGCCAACGACAACUCUUCCAACAACCACACCAUGCUUAUGCCACACAAUGCACCAUUACCACGGCAUCUGUGGUCAGUACGCCCUCUGCCUCGACUGUUUCAACAACAUACAGACACUGACGGUGCGCGACGAUUCCGAAACAUUACUCUGUUGUACGUGGACGCGGUCGUCCCGAUGUCUGCAGCUGUACCCUGAACUUUUGACCACAACACCUUCAAACACAACUGAGUGCCAGGAUUCGGACACUCACAUCAAUUCGGACUGCUACUGGAUGCGAUGCAAAGAUGGCAAGUGGCAGAGACCGGAACCAGCCAUCACUGAGCACUGUUGCAGCACGUACAGCCCAUACACGCCGGAAAACUGUGCCCUUGGUUUCUAUGAUACAGAACCGAUUAUGACUACGACAACGUCAACACCGUCGCCAACAACAACGACAGUGACAGAGCCAACGACAACUCUUCCAACAACCACACCAUGCUUAUGCCACACAAUGCACCAUAACCACGGCAUCUGUGGUCAGUACGCCUUCUGCCUCGACUGUUUCAACAACAUACAGACACUGACGGUGCGCGACGAUUCCGAAACAUUACUCUGUUGUACGUGGACGCGGUCGUCCCGAUGUCUGCAGCUGUACCCUGAACUUUUGACCACAACACCUUCAAACACAACUGAGUGCCAGGAUUCGGACACUCACAUCAAUUCGGACUGCUACUGGAUGCGAUGCCAUGACGGCAAGUGGCAGAGACCGGAGCCGGCCAUGACUGAGCACUGUUGCAGCACCUACAGCCCAUACAUGCCGGAAAGAUGUGCCAUUGGUAUCUAUGAAACAGAACCGAUUAUGACUACGACAACAUCAACACUGUCUCCAACAACGACGACAGUGACAGAGCCAACGACAACAACAAUGUGUUCUGGUAACGGGCUGCUACAACAGGGUUACAGUCAUUGCUGGGAUCUCUACUGUGUGAGUGGGAAUUUGGCAACCCAACCAUCUUUGACCCUCACAUGCUGUGAAGAGUUUGUGAUGCAGAACUCUCCCUGGUCCCAGGAUUGCUACAACACGUUUCCAGAACUAUACCAUCCACGAUGUACUUCUGAUGAGGUGAAUGGCUGUGCGUAUCGCAAGUGCUCGGGCGGUCGCCUUAUGGAUUUGGUGUGGGCAGUUAUCUCGGAAUAUUGUUGCCAACCCGAAAAUCGCCUCGACAUGGCCUACAGUGAGGGCGGAUGUGAUGUGAUGUUCCCUCCUACUACGACAGAACCGUCAACGACAACGACGACGACAACGGCAACAUAUCCAACAUCAGCUAUGUGUUCUGGUAACGGGUUGCUACAACAGGGUUACAGUCAUUGCUGGGAUCUUUACUGUGUGAGUGGGAGUUGGGCGACCCAGCCGUCUUUGACCCUCACAUGCUGUGAAGAGUUUGUGAUGCACACCUCUCCCUGGUCCCAGGAUUGCUACAACACAUUUCCAGAACUAUACCAUCCACGAUGUACUUCUGAUGAGGUGAAUGGCUGUGCGUAUCGCAAGUGCUCGGGCGGUCGCCUUAUGGAUUUGGUGUGGGCAGUUAUCUCGGAAUAUUGUUGCCAACCCGAAAAUCGCCUCGACAUGGCCUACAGUGAGGGCGGAUGUGAUGUGAUGUUCCCUCCUACUACGACAGAACCGUCAACGACAACGACAACGUAUUCAACGACAUCAGCAAUGUGUUCUGGUAACGGGCUGCUACAACAGGGUUACAGUCAUUGCUGGGAUCUCUACUGUGUGAGCGGGAGUUGGGCGACCCAGCCGUCUUUGACCUUCACAUGCUGUGAAGAGUUUGUGAUGGACAACUCUCCCUGGUCCCAGGAUUGCUACAACACAUUUCCAGAGUUACACUUUCCACCCUGUACAACUGAUGAAAUCGGAGAUUCCUGUACAUACCGGAAAUGUGUUGGAGGACGACUAAUGAGUCUCUUUUAUCCCGUGAUUUCUGAGUAUUGUUGCCGACCCGAGAACAUCGCAUACCAAGGCUUCACGAACGGUUACAGUGAUACAACUUGUGAAGAGAUGUUCCCUUCGACUACCACAGUUGUGUACACGACGGCAGUUACACCAUCCCCAACUCCAGCAGAUUUCACGAGAGAUCCUUCUUCGGGACAGAUGUAUCCCUGCACAGAAAACGAGAUUCAGGCAGGUGGCUGUUAUGAAAAAAUGUGUGUGAACCGCUACCUGAGUGAUGUGCUCGUCCCCAUCUACACCAUGGACUGCUGCAGCAACGUGCUCAACAGCCAUGACGAAUGUUACGUCAGCUUCCCAGGACUGUACACUUCUACCUCAACAACGGCGGCGACGACAACUGCGAACGUGGAUGUUUCUGAUGCAAAUGCCCUCACGGGUGAUCUGCAACUAGACGACAAUGGAACAGCAUCCCCAGCCUGUCAUCAUGUCCUGAUGAUGGCUGUUCUCCUGCUCUACAGGCUCCUGGCUUAAAGUGGACACACAGCAGCACCACCGCCUAUCUCCUUGUCGUAUAGAUCACCAUUAUUCUGUUGCCACCAGACCCCAAGCUUAAAGUGGACACACAGCAGCAUCACCGCCUAUCUCCUUGUCGUAUAGAUCACCAUUAUUCUGUUGCCACCAGACCUCAAGCUUAAAGGGGACACACAGCAGCACCACCGUCUAUCUCCUUGUCGUAUAGAUCACCAUUAUUCUGUUGCCACCAGACCUCAAGCUUAAAGGGGAUACACAGCAGCACCACCGCCUAUCUCCUUGUCGUAUAGAUCACCAUUAUUCUGUUGCCACCAGACCCCAAGCUUAAAGGGGACACACUCCUGGCACGGGGAGUGACAAGAGUGAGUGAGAGUGAGUUGAUGUCACACAGCGACUAUCAGAACAGUGUACCCUCACUGUCCUAUGAAUCGCAACCCUGUUGUUACACACUACUGGAUACAUUUUUUUCACCUUUCAUGAUUUAACAUUUGCUCCCUGUCCGAAUACCUUACUACCUUAUGAUCAAUCUUGAUUUCUUGUCACAUAAAACACGAAAAUACUGCUUAGUGUGGGAAUUUUAAGUUUCUCAGUUGAUCAUUCUGUAUGAUGACUCAUUGCAGCGGCAAAGUAGCAUCACAUUUUGACAUACCCCUGGUUAUAAUAAUACGUAAUUACAUUUAUAUGUUGCAAGUUUGAAAUGAUCCAUCGAAGAGUAAAUGUGCGUGCAGAUAUAUUUUUGUAGGAGAAAGGAGAAAGAAUUAGGUUCUGGUCAAGAAUCCCGUGUCAGAAGUGAACUUGAUAAUUAUUAGUUUGAGGCAUUUUUUAAAACUUUUGCGAUCGAUGUUGUUCUCAUUUUCUUGAUCCCCGGUGUCUCCUCCAUAUCUCCUUAUCACUAAGAUACACAUAUGAUUAAGUAAGCGUUAAUCAAAAAUCUACCACAACCCGGCAUCACCAAUGUUUUACACUCUUUUCUGAGAGGCCGUGUGCCGUCUAAAGAGGAGUUCAAUUUCACUCAUCGCAUUAGCUGUAGGCGUUAUUCUAAACCUUUGCUGGUCUUGAUGGAUCGGGUGGUCAGGCUCGGUGACUUAGUUGAUGUCGUGUCAUGGUACCCCGACGGCGUGGAUCAUUGUUCACAGAUUUGCUGAUCCAGACACGAUUAUCUACAGGCCGCCUUCAUAUAGCUGGAAUAUUGCGGCAUUAAACAUACGCACGCACGCACGCACGCACGCACGCACGCUGCAACAGGCCAAAGAGGAGACACUUGCUGGUCACCGCACUCACUGUUCCUCUGGCCCUGCAGUUUCAAAGGUGGUGGGUUGUGUUAUAUUUUGUUGCUUUACGCAGCUUUAGUUGAGUCAACUGUUCUUUCUGUGCAAUAUGUUCUUGUCAGUGAUCUCUGACAAAACAUAUAAGCACCGAAACAUGAUCUGUCUCCAUGUGUAAAAUGAAUAAAAAGGA